UCUUGUUUCUCUGUAUUUUGUAGAUUUGUAUUUGGUAGAUCCAACCAAGAAGAAUCUGUCCCGGUACCGCUACCGUUCUAGAAGCGACUCAACGAAUUGUAAUAAUUCGGCGUGUACCGGUACAUACGGUAUAGACUCAGGAAACGGUGUUAUUGGCCAUCACCAAACACCGGUACUGAGAAGUUACAAUACAUCAAUCGAAGACUGGCAUAGGAAAAUGGGUCUUUUUGACCAAUUGCGAAAAUGGCUGGGUAUGAAGAAAAAAGAAGCAAGCAUUUUGUGCAUAGGUUUAGACAACAGCGGAAAAACAACUGUCAUAAAUCAUUUGAAGCCUCCCGAUACACAACGUCAAGAUAUUGUCCCAACUGUUGGAUUUACUGUUGAAAAAUUCAACAAUUCUAGUAUAUCCUUUACGGUCUUUGAUAUGUCUGGACAAGGACGAUAUCGUAAUCUGUGGGAACAUUAUUACAAAGAAACACAUGCAAUCAUAUUUGUGUUAGAUAGCGCUGAUAAACUGAGAAUGGCUGUCGCAAAAGAUGAACUUGAUCAUUUGUUAAAUCAUGUUGAUAUAAAGAUGAGAAAGGUUCCAAUACUGUUUUACGCAAAUAAAAUGGAUUUACAAGAUUCAUUAUCGGCUGUAAAAUGUUCUCAACUUCUUGGAUUAGACCAUAUUAAAAACAAACCAUGGCAUAUAUGUGCAAGCAAUGCAAAAACAGGUGAUGGAUUGCAAGAAGGAAUAACCUGGUUGUCUGAUCAAUUACCAUCUGGAUAAAGAGAUCAAUAUUGCAUAUUGCGUAAUACUUUAAUUGCACAUUUUACCAUUUGAAAGAAUGUGUUAAUUUAUCAACAUCAUAAGUAUGGGUCAAUAAUAGGAUAUACUGCUCAUACUUGAUCCACCUAUGACCCACAGUAGUUCAUAAGCAAUUGUUUUAAGCUGAAAUCAGCUAAAAAUUAUUAUACUAUAUAAAAGUUAGAUAUAUAUAAAUUUUACAUUUUUUUAAUAUCUUUUUAUACGACUUAUUGUUUUCGUACAUUGGUGCUGUUAUUGGAACUUACAGUAUAUACAAGCGAUACAUUAUGUUCUCAUGCCAAAUUUGGUGAUCCAAGGUACUGAUGGGUAGUAUGGUUCAUGCAUGUGUCGUAAAAAUUCGUUGUCUUUUAUGCCUGGGUGACAGAGUUGGAGAGUGUUAUACCCGAUUUCAACUCUUCAAGACGCUUGGUUUGCAAUCAUAAAUUUUAUUGUCCAGUUUUCGUAUUAGUUAUUUCCGUUUGUGGGAUGUAUAAAUAUUAAUGGGAGCUCCAGAAGUAUGUGCACCAAGAUGGCGCACAACCUGAACAUAGUAUGUGUACCAGUUUGGGGUUAAGGUUGUGCGCCAUCUUGGUGCACACCAUUCAAGAGCACCAAAUAAUGUUCUGAAUACCUAUUAGUUGGGGUUGCAAAAGACUAACUACCGUACCAAUCUAUUCUCUAUGUCUUUGCGCUAUUGAAUUUGACUUUAGGAUUUGAUUAGUAUGUGUAUAACAAGAGGAUGAUGUUGCAGGAAUAAUGCUGACUAUUCUAUAUGAUUAAAUAGUCUUUCUGUACACCAACACAAAUGUAUUUCUGUAAUACUACUUCUGGCCUGUUUUGAAUAGACUGGAUUUUUUCAAAUAGCAGAUAUAUAUAUAUAAAUUAUUUUCAUUAUUGUAACUUUGAUGCCAUAAAGAUUUUUUAUAACUAUAAAAAUUAACUGAAAUUCUGAGGCGGACGAACAUUUCAAUCUCUUAGGAUAAUCUAUUUUCAACUCUUUCACUUUUUUAUGUAAAUAAAUUUAUUGUUGUAAUUAUACUGAUUUUGACACUGCAUGAUUUUGAUUCUGUGGAUUUUGUUAUAUCACAUUCAUCAAAUGUAAAUAGAUAAGUGUUUCAUCUGGCAUAUUUCUCUCCCUCAUAAGCAUUCCAGAAUACUUUUUUAAUGACGGAUUUACUUGCCAAGUUUUCUAUGCUUUGUUGUUUCGUUAUCAGUAAUCAGUAGUUUAUUUUCUCACCAUACUAAAUGCACACUUGAUAUACAAAUUGCAAUAAAUAAAUAAAAAGGCAUUUCAGGGUGAGGGGAGCCGCGAGAAACCAAAAUUGGUGCAUCUCUUUUUAUGUAGUAAAAGUAGUGUGUAUACUGUAUUUCGAUCAUUGUGAAAUGACAAUAGUAUUCUUUUAAAUUCAUAAAUGAGUAAGUACAUUUUGAGUUUUUAAAUGUUGAUUGGAGUUCGUAAAAGUUGAAUCGGACCAAAUUGAUUUUUGAAUUGUCAAGUUUAGUUGACGAAAGCUUGGAAUUGUUAAGCUGUCAGCUAAGUUUGGGGUGAUUGUUAAACUCCGGUGUUUUAGGACAAUUCUUGGAUAAUCUAACCACUUCAUAAAAUGUAAUAUCUUUGGUAAGCUUGCAAUGUAAAGGUUUGUGUCAGUUUUAUUUUCUUAGUGAAAAGAAUCCGAAAAUAUUUUAUGGUUAUCCUCAUAUUCAAACUUUCUUGAUAUAGUACUUCCAUAUUGUUUUUGAAAUUGGUUGAUGCAUUACAGUUACACAAUAUAUUCGCAUAGAAUGUAUUGGGCCACAAUUUGAAAAUUUCCCUCAUUCUGCCUCAUAGAGGAAACACUACUUCAUCUAGAAUUUAUACUUUCCGCUUAUACAUAUGGCCUGUUACCUAAAAUUUUUCAGUGCUCCUAUUUGGUAUUUUGCCCAGCUGGCUAUUUUAUUGAAUAGCCAUAUGAACAACGGGAGUUGUACAGUGUCAAGUUUCAUUGUAUUUCUGUGUGUGUGUCAAGGGGAACUUUCGAGCAAGUGGUAUUUUGAUUGCUCAUUGCAAAAGAUGCUAUUUAUUAUGUAAAGUACGUUGGGUACUAUUAACUGAUGAUUUGCUCUUAUCUUUAAAGAAACAUAUUAUUCUGUGCUACACUGUUCUAUCUGUAUGAUAUAUUUUUAAUAUAUUCCUUUGCAAUUGUGAACUUUCCUUCCUAUA